UAAAAAAACAACGAACCACACACUCGUUCAACAUCAUGUCGGCCAACGAAGUCUAUCGUUAUUACUACAAAACCUCCGAGGAUUUACAAAGUUUCAAAGGUAGCAGCAGUGAAACCUAUUUCAAUCCCAUGGCGGUCUAUAAUCCGCCUCAGCUGAAUGCCCAGGCCCAAUUGCCGGUCCAACACUUCCCGGUGACCAGCAAUGGCAAUAAUUAUUUGAAUACCCAUGGAUAUUUGAAUUUUGAACAGGCCUCUUCGGAUGGUUGGCUAACUUCAUCACCGGCCUCACAUCGUUCGGAAAGUCCGGAAUUUGUGGAUCUCAAUGUGAUCUAUGGCAAUGUCAGUUUGCCCCAAUCGCAUCAGCAGCAGGUGAUGCAGUAUCCUCUACUGACGGCGGAACAAAUUGCUCCACUACAACAACAAGUCCAACAAAUUUCCCCCGUUCCAGUGGAAAGUCCCAUCUCAGUGCCUGAUACUUGUGUUCCCGUUAUGGGCUCCUCCAAUGUGGGUACCUGUAAGACCGCAAAGGCCACAACAAAACCCAAAAGGUCCUACACACGUAAAGCCAAAGCCCAGGCAACCACCAGCACCAGCCCUGUCACCAUCCCUCAACCCCCUCCAGCAGUAACCUACAGCAACGAUGAUUUCCAACAAUUUGUAGACUUCGACAAUGGCGCCCUAUUCGAAGACAGUGUCGAUGCCGAUGAUAAUCUUAUGUUCUUCGAUGCCGAUGGCCACAGCUCUUCCCAGGAUGAUUUUGAGGGCAGCGGUUCCUUUGAAUUCCAUGAUCAAGAUGACUCCGCUGCUUCUGGACACAACGAAUCCGAUCCCAAUGAAUCCCAGGCUGGAGGCAAAAGACGUCGUGGCAAACAAAUCUCCCCUGUGGUCAAACGUAAACGUCGCUUGGCCGCCAAUGCCCGUGAACGUCGUCGCAUGCAAAAUCUCAAUCAAGCCUUCGAUCGUCUACGUCAAUAUCUGCCCUGUCUGGGCAAUGAUCGCCAGUUAUCCAAACACGAAACUCUGCAAAUGGCCCAGACCUACAUUGCCGCCCUGGGGGAUUUGUUGCGUUAAGCGGUCUUCAUUCUCCCGAAAGCUGGAAACUGAGUUGAGCUCGUGCCAAAGUUUGUACCUUGAAGUAAUCAAGCCUCCUGCCUGCCUGCCUGCCUAACCUGCCUCAGAAUUUUGUUGUAAAUAGUUGUUGCUGUGUAUGAUGUAUAGUUGAAUUUAGUAUUUUUUGAAAUUUGUAAUUAUUAUUUAUAAGCAGAAAACCGGAAGACAUUAUUAGUU